AUGGCACAUGCCUACGAUGCAAUUACAACAUUUCUAGACAAUCCCAUACGAAUUUUCUCUUCUAACUCCAAUCAUGUAUUUCUGGCCAAGGAUCUGUCAAACAACUCUCUUGUCCACACUUCAAAAUUUGCAAUUGUCAAAAAAAUUUACUCAUCUUUUACAAUUUCAAAAAAUAAAAACGAGUAUCAAAUUAAAUCAGGGACGGAAUAUGUUUGUCAAAAGGACAACGAAGUUGGAAUAUGUGACAAGGAAGAUUACUGGAAUAUUAAACCGCAAGUUGUGGGAUAUAGAAUUUCAAAGAAGGGAGAUAAGUGUCUAACGCUCGAAACAGGAUCUAGAGUCACUUUUGUGCCUUGCUCGGUUGAGAAAGAUCAGACAUUUGACUUUAAGCUCGCGGAAGAAGAUGAAAAGUGCGAUGAAGCUGAGAGUAGUGGUAAUAUUAAAUCAAAGGCAAAUCCUGCGCCACAGAAAGUUUUAGUUGAUUUAGAUUUUGAAAGAUUGUUGAAUAACAACACUAUAAGGGACAUAAUUGAAACAAGUGUGAGAAAUGCUAACCGUAACAGCCUGAACGUAGUAGAAGUAAAUAAUAAAGAGAAUAUUCCGUGUUCUGACGAUCACCACAACGAGCAUAAUGAAUAUGUGGAUCAUCAUCAGUACAGAGGACAUAUCUGGGACGAAUCAACCACCAGGAGUGACUUUGAGGCAGCGCCACAUAGCACAGGGUUCAUAUUUGUGUAA